UAAAAAAAAAAAACUACCAUUAAAUUUGCUCUCGAUAUUACAGAAAAGAAUGAACUCUAGUGUAGUAUAUUCCUCAUUCCUAAUAAAAAAAAAGGAACUCACUUUUUUAGUAUAAUUCUUCAGAAAAUUCAAACAUGGUGGCUACCAAACUUCCAGUCUCCAGUCAAUUAAUGAUGAUAUGAUCCAAAUGCUGAAAAGCAAAUCCACCUUUUGGAGGGGGAGGGAUAGGAAACGUAUGAGAGGGAGAGAGGAAGCUAGACAUCAUGACAGGACGAGCAUCAACCUCUUCUUCCUUCCAAUAUCAUUUCACCUAUGAUGUCUUUCUCAAUUUUAGAGGUAAAGAUACUCGUCCUGGUUUCACUGGAAGUCUAUAUCAUGCUCUAGAUCAAAAGGGCAUUCACACCUUUUUUGAUGAUGAGGAAAUAAGAAAAGGCGAUGAAAUUGCUCCAAGACUUGACAGAGCAAUUGAAGAAUCUAGGAUGGCCAUUUGUGUGUUUUCUAAGGACUAUGCUUCCUCAACAUUUUGCCUCAACGAACUUGUUAAGAUCCAUCAAUCUAUUAAGAAAAAUGGACGACUAGUUUGGCCCAUUUUUUAUGAUGUGGAACCUGCUGAAGUACGACAUCAAAAAGGGAAUUAUGGACAAGCACUGAGUGUGCAUAAACAGGAUUUAAGGGCUGAUGAAGAGAAGCUGCAAAGUUGGAAGCUUGCAUUGCGUGAAGUAGCUAAUCUUUCUGGCACACAUGUCACUCCUGGGCAUGAUUAUGAAUAUAAAACCAUUGAAAGGAUUGUGAAAGAAAUAUUUUGCAAAAUCAACAGGGGUCCUUUACAUGUUGCUGAAUAUCCAGUUGGAUUAGAUAUUCGUUUCCAAAAGUAAACUCUCUAUUGCAAAUUG